CUUCACACAUGACGCCUUCUGCAUGAGCGAGUGCAGGAAGGAGAAGGAGGAGAGAGAGUAUUACUGCUACAGUGAGUUUGCGGUCAACGGGAUCGUUCACGACAUCGAUGUGGUGCGUAGAGGAAUACGCCUCAUCACGCUGAUGGUGAGCAGUGACGGCUUCUACAAGAUGAGUCGUCUCUACGUCACCCCCGACAGCUUUUUCUUCAAAGUUCGCCUUCUGGUCCUGGACACCUACAAGUGCAGCAAGCCCUGCCCUGACAUCAAGCUCGGGACCAGAUACAUUGUGAUGGGCCAGAUCUACCACCGGAGGCGUCACCUUCCCAGUGACCUCCUGAACCUACUCGGGGGUAAACUGAAGCCCGGAGACGGCCUCCUGCGAAGCAACAACUACGUCAAGAGGUUCAACAAGCGGAGGCACCAGAAAGCGCUGGAGGCCACCCGCUCCAGGUGUAGGUAA